AUGCGGAUCCACCUGUACUCUACCUUCGUGGGUCUGACGAAAGCCUUCGAGAUAGUGAAUCAUGAAGGACUGUGGAAAAACAUGCAUAAAUUCGGCUGUCUCAAGCGAUCUGCUCUGAUGAUGCGUCGACUCCACGAUGGCAUGAUGGCGCACGUCCCGGACAAUGGAACUGUCUCAGAGGCACUCGCAGUGACCGACGGAAUGAAGCAGGGCUGCGUCCUCGCGCCUACCCUCUUCAGUCUCAUGUUCUCUGCCAUGCUAAUGGACGCCUACCACAACGAACGCCCCGGGAUCCGCAUCGCCCACAGGACAGACGGCCAACUCACCAACCGCCCGCGGAUGUACUUCCUGUCACGUGUAUCCACAACUAUCGUCUAUGAACUUCUCUUCGCCGACGACUGCGCUCUCAACGCCACCUCUGAAGGGGACAUGCAAAGAUGCAUGGAUCUCUUCGCCGCCGCCUGCGACAACUUCGGCCUGAUAAUCAAUACGGAGAAGACGGUGGUCCUGCAUCAACCGCCAUCCGACGCUGCCUACAACGCACCCCCAAAUUAA